AUAAACUUAAUCUUUUAUCUCUUCCUUCUGCAGAACCAAGCCCUGCGGUCAGAAUGUCUGCAGCCAAGCGUGCCAAAGGAAAGACCACAAAGAAGCGGCCGCAGAGGGCCACAUCCAACGUCUUCGCAAUGUUCGACCAAUCACAGAUCCAGGAGUUCAAAGAGGCCUUCAACAUGAUCGAUCAGAACAGAGACGGAUUCAUCGACAAGGAGGACUUACACGACAUGCUGGCCUCUCUGGGGAAGAACCCGUCUGACGAGUAUCUAGAGGGAAUGAUGAGUGAAGCUCCAGGACCCAUCAACUUCACCAUGUUCCUCACCAUGUUUGGAGAACGUCUGAACGGAACCGACCCUGAAGACGUCAUACGAAACGCCUUUACAUGCUUCGAUGAAGAUGCUUCUGGUUUCAUCCACGAGGACCAUCUCCGGGAGCUGCUGACCACCAUGGGGGAUCGUUUCACAGAUGAAGAAGUGGACGAACUCUUCCGCGAGGCGCCGAUCGACAAGAAAGGAAACUUCAACUAUGUGGAGUUCACUCGCAUCCUCAAACAUGGAGCCAAAGAAAAGGACGACAUAUAAAAACCAGCAGCAGAUCCAUUCAGCGUCUGAUUAUGUACGUGCA